GUUUUUACACACUUUUAUGAAGAUUCGUUGUUUGUAAGUGGAGAACAGAUGUCAUAAGGUGAAACACUCGAUUUUACAUCUUGGUCACCAGUCUGCUCAACCAUGGAGGGAAACACAACAAAUUCAACUGAAAGAUCUUGUGGUUUGUCUGAAAUGCCAGCUCGUCCAUUCUUCAUAAGUGUCUACACACUGAUCUGUUUGGCAAGCCUGGUGCUCAACAGCAUUACAAUAUAUGUGUGUUUUUGUAAAGUUACAACUAAGUCCAGCAUCGCCCUCUAUCUCAAGAAUCUAGCUGUCGCGGACAUGUUCGUCUGCUUGUGUUUGAUAUUACGCAUAAUUAAAUAUGCUGUCAACUCGGAGGAAGUUCAGCGUAUCUACUGUAACUUUGGCGCUCCAGCUGCCUACCUCAACAUGUACUCCAGUAUUCUCUUCAUGGGCUACAUCGCUGCAAACAGGUACCUGAAAAUUGUGCGACCGCUGGAGGCUCACAUUAAACAAACAGUUCGAUCGACCCGCAACAUCUGCAUAACAACCUGGGCAAUCCUGCUGGCGGUUAUUUGUGUCUAUAUGGUUGUUUUUGCGAUUACCCAAAGUGCUGAUUCAAGAAGACCUGCUUAUGGAGGUUUUGACUGUGAUAUUUAUCAUAACAAUUUGCUCAAAAAGAUUUACUUGUUCAUACAAAUCAUAUCCUUUGUAAUGUUUUUGCUCGUGCUGGUAUCACUGAUCCUGCUUUACUGGUGGAACGUACAGAGACUCCAGCAAGCUCAGCGUGCUGCUCCGGUCCAGUCCGACAGAACCAAGCUUAGCAAGUCCAAGCGUAACAUGAAAGUAUUAGUGGGUGUUUUCUGUGUGUGUUUCGUGCCAUAUCACCUGGUGAGACUACCAUACGUGUUCAUCAAACCCCUGUUGAGUGAUUGUACAGCAGUCCAGACCUUCUACAUCCUAAAGGAACUGACUGUGCUGCUUGCAGUACUAAAUGCCUCCUUAGAUCCACUCAUUUACUUUGUCUUCUGUAAGGCCUUCAGGACUCAUCUGAACAUUUGCUUGAAAUGUAGUUAACUGGAACAAAAGGCAGACUGUUUCUGGGCAGUAGUGUCAUCAAUGGAAUUAAAGAGAACCCUCAACCAUUGGUUGAGGCAGUGUUUCGUUGUCGGGCUGAUCGGAAAGCUCAAUGAAACAGAACAAUGACUCACACUUUUUGGGAGUCGAUUACUUGUAGUUGUUUCUGUAUACUAAGUUAAGAUAGAAGAUUACUAGAAAUUACAUAAUCUUUAAGAAAAUAUGUACAAUAUAAGAAGGUUAGACAUCAUACAUAUGUAGAUGUUUAUGAAAUGAAAACUUAGCCAAUGAAGCCUGUUCUAAGAGAUAAAAAGUUACUGCUGCGGUUCUUUGAAAAAAAAGUUGUAACCCUUCCAGACUAAUGUGUUUCAAUGACAUACAGGUACAACACCACACUCUUUCAUCUUAUACUGUAUGUGUUUUACUAUGUUUUUCAUAGUAUCACUUUGCUUAUGUCUUUCAACUUUUGCAUAAUAUAUUACUGGAGAAGACCAUUUUAUACUUUGUGCUUUGAAAACAGUUCUGUUUGUGUUGAUUCAAUUGAACAGGGAUGUAAAACCUGGGGCUGGAUUCACGAAACAUUCUUAAAAAAGUCUUAACUGACAAAUAGGUCAGGAAUAUUUUGCAUUCCCGAAAUAAAAACUUGGAAAACAGUUCCUAAAUGUGUUUCUUAAGAUUGAUCUUGGGGAAAAAAGAAAGAAGGAUCCACGCCCUCAAGUUUACUCACCCUCUAGUUGUUCCAAACCUGAAAUAUUUCUUUGUUCUGAUG